UCGGAUAACAAUAAUUACCGAUACGUUUAGACAGACCGAUAUCAACGAACGAUAGGAGCCGAUAAAAUAAAAAAAGAAAAUAGUUUUAUUUAAUUUGUUUGCCAGCGAAUUACAAAGAUGACGAACGCUUAGCGGGAUUGUUUGAUACAUCCAAUUAAAUCCAAUCGAAACGAACGAACGGAGGAGCAGGUGGCCGCCAGUUAGUGGAGCAACGAGGAGCGGGAACGGGAGCUAUGACGAUGACCGCCUCGGAUAAAUACACGUACCAGCGGACCGUUUUGUGUCUGGCUCGCGUUCUGGCGGGCAUUCAGCCCACUCCCUGGGAGAAGGUGCAAACCCUGUUCCGGUAUUGCCCGCAGGAAAAUGCCGCCGGAGUGUUUUGCCUAGACACGAGAGCCCAGGAUGCCGUGAUUGCCCUGGGAAUUUACUAUUUGGAGGGCGGCUGCCAACAUGAGGGACAGAUUGUGCCCUAUUUGCUGCGCCUGGCCAAGUGCCUGCCCAAGGCCGUGUGGAUUGACGAUGCCCGAAGCAGCAAAGUUGAACGCAUUCGGAUUCCUUCGGCGGAGAAGUUUAGCUUCUGCCUGAACACCCUGCUCUCCGAUAUAGCAGCCAAAUGUCCAGAUUCCCGCGAGGAGAUCAUCCUAAAUCAAGUGGAAACGCUAAGUGCUCUGGCCAACAUUGUAAAAUCUAGCAGGGACAGCAGCUCUGCACCGCCUCCAAUCAUCCUGUGCAAGGCUACGGUGCCGUUGCUCUUUGGCCUGGCCCGAUCGAUGGGGCGCUAUGCCAGCAAUGAUCCUCCCCUGUUGUGUCGUAUUUUUCCACCAGAACUGUUGCCCAUUCAAAAAGGAGGUGGCCGCGAUGGCACCGGCUCCAGCAGCAGUGCCAGUGGCACUUGCGGUGGAUCUUUCAGUAGUAGUGAACGCUUGGCGGCCACGCAUCAGUUUCGACCCAUAAUACCGCGCUCUAUGUCUGGCAGUUUGGCGCAGGCCCAAAAUCAAGUCCACGAUGAUGGAAGGCAGCGGUAUUCAGGCGGAAAGCACAACAAGCCCUCGCUGCACAGCUACUUUUCGGUGCCGUACGAUCCACGGACGCAUUUCUUCACGCGCUACGGCUCUAGUUUCAACCAAUUCCCUAAUAUGCGCGUCUGCGAAUCGCCUACGAAAGGUGGUCCACGACCCUUGUAUCGUGUGCCACCGUUUCCCAUCCAGCAUCUGCAAACCAUAUUUGCAGUUUCCAAGAAACUGCUAACAAAGGACACUCUGGAACAUCUUGAUGAACAGGCCAGCGAUAUAUUCUCGCUGCACCAAAUCAAGGGCUAUUGCUAUAAAAGCUUCUCCGAAAUGCUGAACCUGGUUUUGGUUACCUUGCUGAGGGAAUUGCUGCAACAUCAGGUGGAUUUACCGACGCCAUUCACCAAGGAUGUCCAGGAAUUCGUUAAGAGACUUUUCCUCAACGGACAGACGGAGCUGCAGAACAAGCAGCAGGAUCAGGAGCGGGAGCGUCGGGAGGAGAACGGCAUCGCUGUGGUCAACAAGUACAAGGUCAAUGUGAUGGCCAAUGCGGCGUGUGUCGAUCUAUUGGUUUGGGCCAUUCGCGAUGAAACGGUUGACGUCGACUAUAAUGUGCCAUCCCUGCAGAAUGGCUUGCAAUUUUUAUUGAAGAAAGAGGCGGAUAAGCUGUGUGGCCGGCUGUCGCAGAAACUGAACUUGGAGCUGAGCCACAAGAUCGUGAUGGAUCACAUGCCGCUGCUGAUGGUUUGCCUGGAGGGUCUGGGCAAGCUGGCACACAAGUUUCCCAACAUCGCUGGCACCUCAAUUUCAUAUCUGCGUGAUUUUCUUGUGGCUCCCAGUCCCAUUCUGGGCAAACUCCAUGACCAUGCCAUGCAAACGUUAGCCCAGCAAAAGAAGGAGAAGGAGCUGACGCCAUUUAAGAUAGCUGUCCAGCACUCGGAUUCGCGUACGGCAGUCGUUAUCUACGGAGAUAAUCAGAAACUGCCGGGCAGCGGUACUGGAAGGAGUUGUCAUGCUGCUUUCGAGGCUCUGCGCGAUGCAGCCAUCGAGAAUCUAUCCAUCGCCUUGAGAGCUGCCCACACCCUGGACCAGUUUUGUGUCCCAGCUUUGGUGGCCAACGUAUCAAAUCGACUAUUCACAGCCGAGAAAUCCGGCAGUGAAUCGCAAGGUGAAUGCCACAAAUCCAAUCUGGUUAGCCUGAACAUCAUUGUGAUGUUGGGUCAUGUGGCCGUUGCGCUGAAGGAUACCUCGAAGACCACCCAAAACAUCUUGCAGUUCUUUAUUCAACGUUUUUGUAAGGUGCCCUCGGAACAGAACGCCUUGAUAGUGGAUCAACUUGGCUGCAUGAUCAUUUCGCAGUGCGAAACCCAUGUCUUCGACGAGAUCAUGAAGAUGUUCUCCCGCGUGACAGUGCAAUCGGCUUCAUUGGCCUAUACCUCGGAUCCGGAACACAGGAAACAAUUCCAUCACGUUUCGGAUGCGGUGGUGAAUGCAUUGGGAAAUAUAGCUGCAAAUAUUCAAGGCGAUGCCGAGAUGCUGGACUUGCUGGGCAAGCUGUUGGAGUUGUUUGUGCAGAUCGGAUUGGAUGGCGAGCGCAGCUACGACAAUACACCGGGCGCCCAGAAGGCUAGCUCACGUGCUGGUAAUCUGGGCAUGCUGAUACCGGUGAUUGCGGUAUUGGUGCGCCGCCUGCCACCGAUCAAGAAUCCCCGACAGCGGCUGCACAAGCUCUUCAAGGACUUCUGGGCCUACUGUGUGGUGAUGGGCUUCACAAAUGCCCGGCUUUGGCCAGCGGAUUGGUAUCAGGGUGUCCAGCAGAUAGCGGCCAAGUCGCCGCUACUUAUCUCACAGACCGCCCACAAAUCGGAUAUGAGGGAACUCAACUACACGCUGGCCAUCAAGAGUGAUUCGGUGAACGAGCUACGUAGCCAGAUCCUGGUGCUUCUGGAGCACUCUUCAGACAAUGUGGCCACGGCUAUCAACAAGCUGUCAUUUGCACAGUGCACCUAUCUGCUGAGUGUCUACUGGCUAGAGAUGUUGCGCGUAGAGAAUGCGGAUGAGCCUAGUCUAGAGCCGAUCAUGAGCUACCUCUGCGAUACGGCGCUACAAAGGGACAAGACUGGGAUAUGGCAGUGUGUCAAAUGCGUUGCCGACCAGGUGUUCGAGAAGUUCCGAAAUGUUCUAUACGCUCACGACGAGAUUCGUGAGAAGGUACUGGAAUCACAGGCCACAUUAUUGCUGGUCUACUUCAACCACAUUCACAAACCCAUUCAGGUUGUAGCCGAUCAGUAUCUAUCCUUCCUGGUUGACCGAUUUCCCCAUCUGCUUUGGAACCGCCGGGUACUGUGGUGCAUGCUGGACAUUCUCCAACUGCUGGCCUACUCCCUAAGCUUGGAUCCCAACGAGGAGACGCCCACAUUGCGCGUGGUUUCUACGCCCUACACAUUGCAAUUGAUGGACUCGCUGCCGGCGAGAGAGCUGCGUUUAAAAGAUUUUGCCGAUAGAUGUCAGGGUAUCGUUAAUGAGGCCAUGAAGUGGGCACCGAGAUCCACGCGGUCGCAUCUACAGGAAUAUCCCAAUCAGAUACCCACACCGGUCUUGGCACACCACAGUGGAUUGGCCCUGGCCUUCGACUCGGUGGUAAGCAGCAGUGCCUUGCACACUGGAACCAUGAGUAAGCGACCGAGUUGCGUGAACUCCGAUACGCCCAGAUUCGUAUCGGUUUUAUGCCUUAGGAGCAAAUAUGCCGGAGAGAUCAGUGGUCUGUUAUCCGUACUUAGUGAGAAGGAUAAAGCCGGAUUGGCGGAUCGACUGGUCAGCGAUGUGUGGGAGGCCUGUUCCGAGAAGAGCGAUGCCCGGCAUCGGGGAGCCCUGUGGCGAGCCACUGCAUAUCUGAUCAUCUGCUCGGAGAUUGACAGGAAACUACUGCAUGCUGUGGCCAGUUCACAGCUGGAAUUGUUUACCGAGUCGGCGAUGGAGACCGCAGUUGAGUGCUGGCAAUGGGUUUUAACUGCAAGGCAGGACCUAGAGCUGUGCUUUAUCCAAGAGAUGGUCAGCGCCUGGCAGACGACAUUCGAGAAACGAAUGGGGUUAUUUGCCUGGGAAACGGAGGUCACGAAUCCACUGGCCGCAUACGAAGGCUGCAAGUUAGUCAGCAAGCCCAUACUGAUAACCCCACAUCUGAUUUGGCUGCAGUUGCUUUCCGAGAUGGUGGACACGGCCAAGUAUUGCAACCGUGAUAAAGUUGAGAUGUUCUGCCUCCUGUUGCAUCGUUGUCUUCCCAUACUGAAGAGUAGCAAGCAGAACCGCCAGGUUUCCACCGUGGGCUGUCGCUUCAAGUUGCUGCAGUGCGGAUUAUCGCUUCUCCAGGGUAACACCAUACCCAAAUCCCUGGCAAGGAAUAUUCUCCGUGAGCGAAUAUACUCCAAUGCACUGGACUACUUUUGUGGACCACCCACGUGCCCAAAUCAAAGCAGGGAGCAACUUCUGGAGGAUAUUAUGAUACUGUUGAAAUUUUGGCAGACGAUGCGCAGCGAAAAGAAGCAUCUGGUCACCUCCGAAGUGGGUGACUACGAUUUAACAAAUGCCUCCGUGAGCUCUACACAAAUGCUGGCCGUGAGGAAUAACCCAGAGACGGCUUCCCUGAUCAGUGGCAGUGGACUAGUCAACGAUUACACACGCUCGAUGAGUGCCAGCGGCAAUGCUGUGGGCAUGGGCGUGGGUGCGGCUAGUGGUGGGAGCAGCAGUGGUUGGUAUAACACCAUUCCACACUCCACGUCCACCUUAUCGAAGAGAUCGAAUCGCUCCAAGCGACUGCAGUAUCAGAAGGACUCAUACGACAAGGAUUACAUGAAGAAACGCAAUCUGAUCCUCGAGCUGCUGGCCGUGGAGCUUGAGUUCCUCAUUACGUGGUACAAUCCCAAUUGUCUGCCCGAUCUUAUAGUGCCAGGCGAGGAACAGAUCACGGAGUGGCGCAACCGGCCGUACAAGCCGAACGUUUGGCGUGACUAUGCCCGUCUCGCUUGGUGCUAUAACCCAGCACUGGCUGUCUUCCUACCACAGCGGAUCAAGAAUGCGGAAAUCAUUGACGAGGAGGUGUCGCGACUGGUCUGCUCCGAUCCCAUAGCUGUCUGCCACAUCCCCGAGGCACUGAAGUACUUGUGCACCACUAAGAACCUGCUACAGGAAAGCCCAGAUCUGGUGUAUAUCUUGUCCUGGUCGCCGGUAACGCCUAUCCAUGCGCUGGCUUACUUUUCGCGACAAUAUCCAUCGCAUCCGCUAACCGCUCAGUAUGCUGUGAAGACCCUCUCCUCGUAUCCAGCGGAAUCGGUGCUGCCCUAUAUUCCACAAUUGGUUCAGGCACUCCGGCAUGACACCAUGGGUUAUGUGGUGGAGUUCAUUAAGAAUAUCUCGCGGAGAUCGCAGAUUGUGGCCCAUCAGUUAAUCUGGAACAUGCAGACGAACAUGUACAUGGACGAGGAUCAGCAGCACAGGGAUCCCAAUCUCUACGAGGCUCUCGAUCAGUUAUCACAAAGUAUUAUCGCUUCGUUUUCGGGCGCUGCCAAAAGAUUCUACGAGAGGGAGUUUGAUUUCUUUGGCAAGAUAACAGCAGUUUCCGGUGAGAUUCGUUCAUUUGCCAAGGGCAUUGAGCGGAAGAAUGCGUGUCUGGCGGCGCUUAGCAGGAUCAAGGUACAAGGCGGCUGCUAUCUACCUUCCAAUCCGGAAGCUAUGGUGCUAGAUAUCGACUACAGCAGCGGGACGCCUAUGCAGAGUGCGGCCAAGGCACCGUAUUUGGCCAGGUUCCGUGUGUAUCGAUGCGGUAUCACGGAGUUGGAGACGCGCGCCAUGGAGGUGUCAAAUAAUCCGAAUUCCCAGGAGGAUGCCAAAAUGACGCUGGGCGUGGAAUCCUGGCAGGCUGCCAUUUUCAAGGUCGGCGACGAUGUGCGCCAGGAUAUGCUGGCCCUCCAAGUCAUCACCAUCUUCAAGAGCAUCUUCCAACAAGUGGGACUCGACCUGUUUUUGUUCCCCUACCGCGUUGUGGCCACCGCUCCGGGAUGCGGCGUCAUUGAGUGUGUGCCGAAUGCUAAGUCGAGGGAUCAACUUGGCCGACAAACGGACAGUGGACUGUCGGAGUAUUUCCAGCAUCAGUAUGGCGAUGAAAGCUCCAAGGAGUUCCAGGCAGCGCGGGCCAACUUUGUGAAAUCCAUGGCGGCCUACUCGUUAAUUGGUUAUCUCCUCCAGAUCAAAGAUCGCCACAAUGGUAACAUUAUGAUAGACAAGGAUGGCCACAUCAUACACAUAGAUUUUGGCUUUAUGUUUGAGUCAUCGCCAGGUGGUAAUAUCGGCUUUGAGCCCGAUAUGAAGUUGACCGACGAGAUGGUCAUGAUCAUGGGUGGCAAGAUGGACUCGCCGGCAUUCAAAUGGUUCUGUGAGCUGUGCGUCCAGGCUUUCCUCGCUGUUCGCCCUUACCAGGAUGCAAUCGUAUCCCUGGUAUCCCUGAUGCUGGACACUGGACUGCCAUGUUUCCGUGGUCAGACGAUAAACCUGCUGAAGCAACGAUUCGUGGCCACCAAGAAUAACAAGGAGGCAGCCGCCCACAUGCUGGCUGUCAUCCGAAACUCGUACCAGAACUUCCGCACGCGUACCUACGACAUGAUCCAGUACUAUCAGAACCAGAUACCCUACUAAAUAACCCCAUAUACAGGCGCCUCAUGUUUGUUGUUGUUGGCCAAAAGACACUUAAAAAUACACAAAACUACAAACUUGGAACCUACAAACAGUAAAUACCCUUUACCCAAUAUCCGUACAAUUAAUGUUUCGUUGGCGCACCCGUAUUCGUAUUCCUUAACCUUAACCCGUAUUUUCUGAGUGUGUGUUUCCUCUAAUUUCGCGUACUUAUAAGAUGUUAAACUUUUUCCAAGAUUUUACGACGCAUAUAUAUAUAUACGUUAUACAAUAUUUAUAAAAAUUAAAUCAAUUAUAGGGCAAUAUGUUAUAUAAUGGUAAAAAGGUGUUAUUUAAUGGGACGUGGAUGUUCUUUUAGUUGGUUUAAUAAAUAAAUUUAUUGGAAUUUGUAA